AUGGCUACAUCAUCCGUCUCACCCCUCAAGAUCCCAGCCCGCGGUGCCUUUCUCUCCCCUCCAGAUCCCACUGCCGCCGCACUGCCCGAAUCACCAGAGAAAGGCAAUGCUUUUCCCUCUGCCUUUGACCAGAAGCCACGAAGCCUCCGCAGAUUGCAGUCGCACAAUCAACUCUCUUCUGCAAACAUGGGCACACAGUAUUCAAACCUGAAACCGCGAUCUGCAGUGCCGACCAGACCCUCACGCGAACAGCUGAGCCAGCCAAACACCACCAUUGCCACCAACUCAUCUUCAAAUCCCUCCUCGCGAACCCGUGCGAACAGCGACGCCCUCCUCCCCUAUGUACCCCAGAAGCCUCGAAAGGCAGGCGUAACGUCGCCUCCGUCCUCAAAUCACAUCGCAAAUCAUGCCCGCAAAUCCAGCUUGGAAAUGACUUUGAGGGAUGGCCCUCCUCCGGGGACGACAGCCACUACGGCGUUGUCUCUCCUCCGACAUUCAAUCUUGACUAGUGGUGUCACAGCGACAAAAGAGGGCAUGUCGGACUAUCGGGUAUACUUGUGGUUGACGCUUCUGAAUGUUGCGCCGUUGCCGACCGACACAUACCUUGGCCUCAUCCACCGAAGUCGUAGUCCGGCGUAUGAAAAGAUAUCGAACGAUGUGUUCCGCACACUUGCGACCGACACAUUGUUCAAGCGGCGAGUAACGGACGCGAGUCUCACAAGACUACUGAAUGCGACGGCGUGGCGGAUACAUGACGAGCAGAACUCCGAUCCGCCGAGUGACUUUGCGCAACGAUAUCCCCAGGCCACAUACCUUCAAGGAAUCAACGUCUUGUCCGCACCACUGUUGUAUGCUUCGAGAUCGGAAGCACAAGCCUACGCUCUCCUGAGUUGCCUACUCACCGAACAUAUCCCGACUUACCUAUCGCCGACCAUGUCCGGGGUGCAUAGGGGCUUGGAGCUCAUCGACCGCAUUCUGGCAUACAUCAACCCAAGUCUAUCGGCGUUUCUCUUGAGCAAGUCAUUGCCGGCCAAAAUAUACGCCUUCCCUUCGGUUCUGACACUAUGCGCGUGCACCCCACCACUUCCCGAAGUGCUGAAGUUGUGGGAUUUCCUGUUCGCUUUCGGCGUACACCUGAAUGUCAUCUGCGUCGUGGCUCAACUAUUAUUACUAAAGGACAAGUUGAUGAACGAGCCAAGCCCGGCGAAAAUGCUCAGGAGUUUCCCAAACCUCAAUGCCGACGAGGUUAUCAAGAUGACGGUAUUGAUCGUGAGAGAACUACCGGAGGAUCUCUACCGAGACAUCGUGACCCACGGAAGAGAGGUUUCAUGA